ACGUCAACCUACGUAACACCUGCUUAGUACACCCGGCCCCUGCCCUCAAAUACUACACGAACAAGGAUGUAGAGUAUUACACGAAAACACUGCUCCCAGCUACUACUCCAAAGCCCCGAAGUAUUACUCUGCCCCAACUUACAUCACCAUCGCAUCACAUGACAUCACCAAAGCGCCUGAGUACUACACCAACAAAGCACCUAACUACUACACCACCGAGGGACCGGAGUACUACACCACCGAGGGACCGGAGUACUACACCACCGAGGGACCGGAGUACUACACCACCGAGGGACCGGAGUACUACACCACCGAGGGACCGAAGUACUACACCACCGAGGGACCGAAGUACUACACCACCGAGGGACCGAAGUACUACACCACCGAGGGACCGGAGUACUACACCACCGAGGGACCGGAGUACUACACCACCGAGGGACCGAAGUACUACACCACCGAGGGACCGAAGUACUACACCACCGAGGGACCGAAGUACUACACCACCGAGGGACCGAAGUACUACACCACCGAGGGACCGGAGUACUACACCACCGAGGGACCGGAGUACUACACCACCGCGGCUUCAGCUUAUUACCGCUCCCCGACUGCUCCUAGCUUUAACAUCGAGACUACAGCUUAUUAUUGCACCAAAACAGUCGAAUACUACAUCGUAGCGCCCAAGCAUUACUCAGCCCUGAGCAACACAACCACAACUGAAGAGGUCCUAUACCGUGGCUCUCAAGUACUACACAACGAAGGCACCCUAGUAUUACAGUACAACUUGCACACAUCCACUACACCGAAGCUUCGAAGUAUUCCCCUGCCCCGAGUUACUACACCACUAAGGCACCUGAAUGUAACACCACUACAUACGCUUCUCCAGUUAUUACAGGGAGCCUCCUAAAUACUAGAGCUGAAAUUUCUAUUUUAUUCAUGAGUGUUCGGAUUUGUCUGUCAUGUCUUAAUAGUUACUAGUCACCCGGAGUUGUUGUUCUUUAAUGAGAAAAUAAAUUUUUUAAACUGA